AUGGAGUUGAUGAAAAUUUUUAUCAUAAAGAAUUCACAUUAUAUGGAUAAAAAUAGAAAUUUGGAAGUACUAAUAAUGGAAUUCUCAUAUGAUAAAAAUUUAAAAUUGGAUAUUUUGUUGAAAAACAUGGGUAGAAAUCUCAAUUAAUUUCAUAUUACUAAACUAAAAAGUCCUAAAAUGAAAUUUGAAGAAAUUAACUCAUGA